UUAACACACCAACAACUGUAGAGGUUAGAGAUGAUUACAGCUACUGAGUGAGUAUGAAGAAGCUGUCCAAACUAGUGUCUUGUGUGGCUGUGCUACUAUUAGUGUUUCUUCUACAACACUUGAUUACUGUAAACAAAGAUGGCAGCUAUAACUUCUUACCAGUGAAUUUAAGUACAUCACUGUCCCAACUUGUCGCCUCCACUGCCAAAGAAAAUGUGUGUAAAGUAUACUACGAACGUAGUGGUGUAAAUUUUAACAUGAAGAGCAGCACAUCUUUUGACAAAGUCGGGAUGCAAGAAUACAGCUCAACAAAGACAAAAAGAGAUAUGAAUACCAUAACAGAGGCACCAUGUAAUCCGUUGAAGCAAGAAGACAUUGAGUCCGUUCAAAAGUUUGUAUUUUUCGUUGGCUACGCAAGAAGUGGACAUAGUAUAGUAGCCAGUUUAUUGGACGCUCAUCCAAACAUAAUUAUGGCACAUGAAUUCAAUCUGUUUCGAGCAUGGACUGAGCAUGGAGGAGCAAAACUGUCCAACAAAACGCAUCUCUACAACAAGCUCUGGGCUAACAGCUGCAAUGCCCUCAGGGGUUGGAGAAGCAAGGAAAAUAGCAGGAAAGGAUAUAGUUUAAAUAUCGCCUCUCCCUGGCUGGGUAAUUUCAAAAAGUUACAAGUAAUUGGAGACAAGUCAGGUGCCGUGACUACACAAGUGUAUUCAAACUCCUCGGAAAAAUUUGAUAACAUUUUGGACAAACUGAUAAAAACAGUAAAUGUUCCGAUCAAGGUUAUUCAUGUGGUUAGAAAUCCAUACGAUAUUGCAUCAACAAGACUACUAUAUGUCGAAUCUGCAGGAAAAUCAUCAAAGUUGAAUGCUACUACAGAACACAAACUCUGUAGUAUACAACACCUACACAAGCAAGUGAACAGAACAAUUACCCUGACAACACAUGUUCACAAUUUUCUCGCUACGGCAAGUUUGGAUGUUCUAGAUGUACAUUUGGUUGACAUCAUAGAAGAACCGGGUAGAACUCUCCAAACAUUGUGCACUUUCCUUGGAGUGGACUGCUCUCCAGACUACAUCAAUACAUGUACCAGUAAGCUGUAUAAGAAAGUUGCAAGAACAAGGGAUACAGUGAUUUGGCCAGAAUGGUUGAUGGAUAAAAUUUACCUGGAAAUUAUUAAACCUUUUCCUUCUUUUUGGAGAUAUUCUUUUUAUGGUAACUAAUUGCUCCUCCAACAUUUUUAUUUUUAUAUAAUGAUAAAGAUCGUUAACUAAAACAAGUGA